UUCAACUUAUCAACUACCCCUAACUUUCAUAUAUCACAACUGGCAAAUGAAUCUUCCACUAUUUUUCUUCCAUUUAAUUCCCCUAUAUAUAUAUACACACACCAUAUCCUUCCUUUCAACAUCAAAUUUCAAACCAUUAAAUCUUCAUUUCCUCUUUUCCAAACUGUUCUUCAGAGGUUCAGAAUUUAAAUCUCAAUUAAAAACCCUUAAAUUUUACGUCUUUUUUCUUGGAUUUGGGUUCAAACCCGAAUUCAAUUGAUUAUUGUCUUUUUUAUUGAUUUGUAUUUUCUUUUUGGGAUAAAACCCGAUUUAUUAUUUUUGAGUGUGAUUUAUUUUAAAUCAAUAUUUUGAAAAAUGGGCAAUUAUGCAUCAUGUGCAUUAACAUCACCAAUGGGGAAAAACAAAGGAGCAAAAGUUAUAUUUCCAUCAGGGGAAAUUAAGCAAUUUAAACAACCCAUAAAAGCAGUAGAGUUAAUGCUUGAAAUUCCAAAUUAUUUUCUUGUAAAUUCAAAAUCUUUAAAUGUUGGAAAAAGAUUUUCAGCUCUUAGUGCAGAUGAAGACCUUGAAAUGGGAAAUGUUUAUGUUAUGUUUGGUAUGAAGAGGUUAAAUUCAUUUGUUACUGCUGCUGAUAUGGGUGCACUUUUCCUUGUUGCCAAACGUGGCUCUAAGAGUGCCGGAAAAGUUAGGGUUGUUCCGGCGUGUUCACCGGAGAGUGAAUCACCGACGCGUGAGGAAAAUGAGUGUGAAGAAGUGGCGCGUGAGGUUAAGGAAGUUGAUCAAGUAUUAUCGGAGUUUAUGUUAAGAAGGUCUGUUUGCCGGUCUAGGAAACCGGUUCUUGAAACCAUUGUGGAAGAGCCUAUUUCUUCAAGGUGAAAAAAAACAAAAAAAUUAAAAAUUAAAAACAAAAAAAAUUUUAUUUUAUUAAUGAGAAAAAAUUGGGACUUUUUUUUUUUGGUAUGAAUUUUUGGGGGCUCUCUUGCUAGAUUUUAAAUGGUGGGGGGAGAAAAGGAAUUCAUAUUUGGUUGUCCCAAAAAAAAAAUAUGUUGUGGCAUUUUUACAAUUAGGAUUUUAGAGUAUUAUGGAAAAAAAAAAUCUUUUUUCAUGUAUUGGGUCUAUUUUUUUUAGCUUGUGAGGUGAAAAUUGCCUAAUCAAGUUAUUAUUUCCUUGACCCCCUGUAUGGAAAAAAAAUAUAAAUGUAAAUUAUCAAAAAUAAUAAAAUUAUUGUUUUAUUUUGAUAGUG